AUGGAUUCAAAAGAUUAUGAUGUUUCAAUAUCGGAUCCAGAAAUCCACUUAGCUACAUCUAUUCAAUCUCACAAACUUCUUGUGGAUGAAGUCCUUCAACUAUUAGAGAAGACAAAGGCAAGUUUAGAUGUUUUCCAUUCAAUUGCUUUGCAAAUUACUGAUUCAACAGAGUCCUCUAAAGUUGCAACAAUGGUUGAAGAGAAGCCUGUUGCUGAUGAAGCAAUUUUUUGUCCCAAUGAUCAAAUUGAUAACGAGAUGCUGAAGAUUUUUGUACCAACACUAUUUACCGAAAAGCACUCGGCCAAUGUGGCAGAUUUGCUUUAA